UCCCUUGAAUCAUCAACUUCCCGAACUUCCAAACUUACUAGGCAUAGGUAUUGGAAAGUUGUGGCGGACGACGUACACAAUCAUCCUUGCCUAACACGACAGUAAUUAAUAAUUUCGAAUGCAGAUUUAAUUUGAAAAUUUCGAAACCUCGCCGAAACUACGCGUUACCUCGAAAAAUUUCUCUCCGAAUCCAUUCGUUUAGUAUUUGUUUUCUCACCGAUUUCGCACAUUUUCGAAACCAUCGUUCUCGCACAUCGCAUCGCAGAACACGUCUCGAGCGUUCUGCUUCGCGCUUAGCUGCUAGCUUCUUCAAUCGCUAAUACGAAUAUAUCCCGAAGCCUCCGAGGUUAUGGACCCUGUUGGAAACUAGAGUAUUGACCGUUGUGUUCGAAGACGGUUUUCGGUAGUAGUGUAGGUUUAACCCGGACAUCUUCGAGACCGGGGCACAUCGUUGCUGCCUCGGUCACUAGGAGAAUUAGCCAUGAAGCUAUCACUGAGCCCAAGUUGUGCCAUGCACAAUCGUCUACCGAUGUCGCCAACAUGGCUUAUUACUCUCGCAUCGCUCGCGUCGGUUUCGAGAGCGAUUACUUUCAAUUCCAUACCCGACGCGCAUCUCGAUACAAGCCAGCUAGGAAGAAUUGGAAUUGCUGGUGAUUUCAAUGGCAUCUCCCUUUAUCAAUACCAGGGACAAACAGAACGAUCUUCUAGCACCAACGGAUCCCAGCAGUUAAUGACCCGUCUUCCAAAUGGCCUGUUUCUUAAUCUUCUAGAAGCGGAUGCAUCCAUUCAAACGAUGUGUAUGUUUCAAGGCCAGGUUAUUCUGGGCGGAAACUUCACCAGUGUAGGCGGAGUACAAUCACCAGGCAUUGCCUCUUAUAACCCGGAUACCUCUGAGGUCAGCCCUAUAUCCAAUCUGUCAGGCCAAGUUAAUAGCUUGCUAUGUGAUGAUUCGGCUGGCAUGGUAUAUGUAGGGGGUAGUUUUAGGGCAGCCAACUCAACUAACGCGAUAACGUUGCUCGCAUCCCAAAGUUGGGCAAGUUUGCCAUUUGCCGGAUUUAAUGGACCCGUCAACACGAUCACGAAGGCGCCUAGUGGACAUAUAAUAUUCGGAGGAAGUUUUACUGGCCUAGGAAAUACGAGCACACCGAGCACCCCUGACAGCCAGGUCAUCAACUUUGACACCGCGACCAUCGAGGCCGAUCAAGGUACAACAUCGGCUGGCUUCAGUGAUCCGAAGAACGUGGUUUGCAAAACCGAUGGGGUUGAUGGUGCUGGCAACACUUGGCUCUUGCAAGACAACACAGCAGGGACAUGGAGGGCGGCAUUCAACUAUGGAUUCGAACCUACGAAGCUUCGACUCUGGAAUACGCACCAGGAUGGCCGAGGUACACGAACUUGGAGGUUCACUGCGCAGCCACUCAACGGCAUCAUGAACUUUACUUACAUCGAUCCUGUAACCAAGCAAAACGCCUCGUGCACUAGUGAAUGUCCCCUUAGCGAUGAUCCCUCCAUCAAGUAUCAGGACUUCCACUUUGUGAAUCGGAUUGGGAUGAACGCAUUCCGGUUCGACGUGUCUGCUUGGUACGGCAAUGGUGGCGGUCUUGAUGGCAUUCAAUUAUACCAGGACGAUAUCUUCUCCUUCGCGGUCAAUGAUUUCAACGAGCCGAGCUGUGCGAAUACUACGACGCCCUCUACUGCGACAUCAACAGGGCCGUGGGCCAUUGCGCAAUCCGGACAGAGUAGCUCUCAAUAUCUCUCGGCUCAAUUACCGAAACCUGUCGCCUCCGAUGCUGCGUCUGUCGUGUUCUACCCUGAUAUCAGAGAGUCCGGGGAGUACAUCAUUAAGCUGUACACACCUGGCUGUCGUCAGGAUAACACUUGCUUGAGCCGCGGGCAAAUCAGCGUCACGGGGACUUUGAUGUCGAGCGGUGUCAACGAGACCAUGCCAACUAGGAUUUUGUACCAGACCAACGAGUUUGACAAGUACGAUCAGCUCCAUAUUGGGUCUGUUGAUGCUAGCUCGGAUUCUUUCCGACCCAGCAUCACCAUGACACCUGUAGCCGGUCAAGAGCAGUCCAUACCUGGCAACGAUUUUGUCAUGGUAGCCCAGCGAGUUGGGUUUGAGCUUAUCAACUCUACCGGCGGUCUUAAUGGUUUAUUCGAAUACGAUCCUACACAACCUACCAUCGAUACCUCCGACUUUGAUGCAUCCGCUUUCAUCAAGCUCGGAUCUUCCUUCGACCCUAACUCCGCAGUGACGUCGCUUGUCGUUGGUAAUGAUAGAACCUACGUUGGUGGCAACUUUACCUCUAACAACACACGCAACAUCGUCGCCAUCACCAACGAUGGCCAGACCGUGGCUCUCGAUGGCGGUCUCAAUGGGGAUAUCCUAUCCAUGUAUCUGAGCGGGACGCAACUGUACGUCGGCGGCAGAUUCAACAAUACCCAAGCCGGAUCUAAUUCAGGACUGGCCAAUGUUGCCGUUUAUGAUAGUACGAAUGACCAAUGGACGCCUCUUGGGGCAGGAGUAGAUGGAAUUGUCGCGAACAUUGUACCAAUGACAUUAAAUCUUAGCGGUGACACGGCAGAAGAUGUUAUCACAUUGACUGGUGAUUUCUCUCAGUUGCUGGCUUUCGGCGAUAAUGAGGCUGCUGAGACGACGGGCUUCGCCAUCUGGGUAAAGUCGCAGAGUAAUUGGCUACAAAACCUGGACAUGCCAAUUCCGUUAUUGGGCGGUGUCCUUUCAACCAUUCUUGAGGUGUCUGACAAUGAGACUCUCUACGCUGGCUCGAUAUCCUCCCAGUCCCUCCGCGCGAACGGUGUUGCCACCAUGUCCAAUGGAUUUGGCAACUUCCCUAUCAAUAUCCAGUCACCUGUUAGUCAGUCUAGCAGCAAUGCGAAUGGCCUCUCGAAACGCGCGAGUCUAGCAAAUAACACCGAAACCGUUGCUGGUGUUGUGGCUGGUGCAUUCUACGAGAGCGAUGGGAGGAACAUUACAGUCUUGGGUGGUCAUUUCGUUGCGAAUGCAUCCAAUGGUUCUUCUAUUUAUAACCUAGCUUUCAUUGACGGUGCGGAUUCCAAUUCCGUGACCGGCCUGGACACACAAAUUUCCGAGGAAUCUGUGUUCUUGACUCUGGCGAUCCAAGGCGACAACGUAUUCGCUGGCGGACGAGUCAAUGGAACAGCCCAAGGAUCUUCUGUCAAUGGGCUUAUCUCCUAUAAUUUGGCGUCAAAAUCAUUUAAUACUCAACCUCCAGCUUUAGGCGGCAACAACGUCGUCGUUUCUUCUAUCAGUGUCCGACCAGAUAGUGGUGACGUCUACGUUGGCGGUUCUUUCGACAGAGCCGGCUCGCUUCCCUGCCCAAGUGUCUGCCUAUUUAGCACUGGCUCCAGCCAGUGGAAUAGACCCGGCUUUGAGUUAGGCGGCGAUGUCUAUUGUAUGAUGUGGUCAAGCAAUUCAGUUCUGCUCGCUGGCGGUAAUCUCACAAUCAACGACACAUCAGUCUUUUUAGCAUCUUACGACACUUCGGGCUCCCACUGGACUACGUUCCCAGGCGCUGAGGAUCUUCCAGGCCCCGUCGAUGCAAUGACUGCCGCAAAUAGCGAUAGGAGUCAAGUUUGGGUUGCUGGCACUCAACCUGACGGCUCGACAUUCUUGAUGAAGUAUGACGGUUCAUCUUGGGUGCAAGCUGGGGUCACGCUAGAUGCGGACACCACAAUUACCAGCCUGCAGAUAUUCACAGUAACUGAGGAUCAUGAUUCAUCGGAUAUCAUAGACUCUAACCAGGUACUCAUGAUGACUGGCUCUAUUGGAAUACCGGGAUUUGGUACUGCAUCAAGUGCAAUUUUCAACGGCACGACACUUGAACCCUACGCCCUCACCUCAAAUACAGAAAGUACAACAGGGUCAAUCUACCGAGUUUUUGUGCAAAACGACAACUUUUUCACCUCUUCCAGUGGUGGUAUGCCACUUGUAUUCAUCGCCCUCAUUGGCCUUGCUAUUUCCUUGGGCUUGAUGGUGCUCAUUGUGCUUGCAGGCCUUGCGCUAGACCGAUAUCGUAAGAAGCGCGAGGGCUACGUCCCCGCUCCGACAUCCAUGUUCGAUCGCGGCAGCGGCAUGCAACGAAUACCGCCUCAGGAGCUACUCAAUUCUUUAAGCCAGGGUCGGACGGCUCCUCAGGUUUGAGGAGUUACCAUUAAGCUGCGAGGAUUAGGUUUAGGAUAAAGAAGCAUAUCUAAACACCACAUCAAUCAAUACCCAAAUACGUCUGAUAUGAACUCUCUGAAGGAGUAAUAGAUCCGGCGCCUGCGGAGAGGCAGGAAAUUAGCAUCAUUCUAAAGAUACCCAACCGACAGGCUUAUCUGUCAAAGUAAAGAAGUAGGAGAGGAUGGUUAGGGGGAAAAGAAAAAAAUCCCGCCGUGGAUUUUGGUAAUCUUUGGCGUUUUCAUGAGUUACGACAACGCCAAACCAACUUUAAUGUCUAUAUGUCUAUUUUUCUUCACCAACACAUGUGUUAUU